AUGAGGUUGUACAAGCGGCUGUGUGAGCUCAAGCUCCUGAAGAAGCAAGCAGGGUUUCAAGGAGCCUUCAUCGACUCAAGCUGCGUGGGGUUGCAGUUUGAGCAUUGUGCCGACGCCGAAAAGUUCCUGACGGCGCGGGGUCAUGAGCUGCCAAUCACUUUGCCCGGAUUAAGCGAAAAGAAGUAUCGUUUGAGCAUGGCUUCUACUGGAGGAGUAGAUGCACCCAAAGCUUCCGAGCCUGAACAUGAUCCUGAGGGAGUUCUUCCCCCGACUGCGACAUCCAAAGGACUUCUGCAUCACCUACAUCGGCUGACAUUGGCCAGACAAAAGAGUCAUCUUCCAGAGAAUGUCUUGCGCAUAUUCCACACCUCGGGUGAAAUUGCAUUUGAUUUGGAGCCAACAGCAAAUCAGAACAUGACAGAUAUCUAUGCCAUCAUCCGGCAAGAGCACCCUGGCUGCAUCUUGAGCAAGCUGCCAGAGUGCGAAGCAGCAAGCCUUGCAGCGGAUCCAGCAUUGCCUGGGAAGUUUUUGCUUGUACCGCCCAUGUCGCUCCCUUUGGCCUUGCCCACAGAAUUUUCAGUUGGGCCUGCUGAUGAAAGGGAUCUCGACUUUGCACUCAUGAAGGAGGUCCUGUGCGAGAUGCUUGGGGAUUAUGUGUGCAUCAAGCGAGAGUCUGCAGAUGGCACGGUCGAUCACGUCUUCAAGCACCGCAAGGAGGAAUGCAGCCGCAACAAGCUUGUGGUCGUAAGAUCUGCUGUGCAUCAUUUGAACCAUGUCAUCCAACACAGGAAGGUGGCCUUCUUGAGCAUCGUCGGCAAGCCGCGUGAAGGAAAGAGUACCCUUUUGGAGCUCAUACGGAGGCAACUCUCCGGUGAUGAUGGCUUGCCUCUCUUCCGAUGUUCCAAUUCCUCAGAGAAAGCUUGCACGGCAGGUCUUUGGGUCUCCACUCGUGGCUUCUUGACCAAGGCAUCUGAGGCUUCGCCACAGGAUAGACCUCUUCUGCUUUUGUUGGAUUCCGAGGGUCUUUUUGCUGAUGAUGGUGUGCAUCAAGAUUACUGUGUACGGCUCUUCACCAUUGUUGGAGUGCUGUCCUCCGUGAUGAUUUUGAAUAAUAAGAUCUCCAACACAGUGGCCGAGGAAUUCAAGACCCCUUUGGCCCGCCUGGCAGUGAUGUACAAAGGCUUCUUUGAAAGAAACCCUUGGUUUAAGGAGCACCAGCCCAAGGUCUUGUAUUUGGCACGGGAUUGGAACCAAAGCCAGGACCUCAUUGAGGACUUUCAAGCCUGGCAAGAAGUAGAAAGCAGAUGCAGCUCUGAAGAGGGCCCUUUACGCGACGCGAUGUGUUUCAUCAAAGAAGCCUUCGGCGCGGUCAAGUUUGCCACUUUGCCCAGCCCUAUUGCAGAGAUUGACAAGAAUGACAUUGUGUCGAAAUGUUUGGAUAGUCGAUUCAAGAAGAAGCUUGCCGGUGUCAUUGAAAGGAUUGUGGAGCCCUCGCUGAAGCCCAAAUCCUUCACUAGUUCGAAUGGGUCUACUUGCUUCAUCAGUGGUGGAGAGCCGUUGUUGGAGCUUCUCUGUAGCGCAGCAGAAGCUGUAUCAACGGAGAUAGCUCUUGACUGGCCGGGUGCUUUGCAGAGAUUCCAAGAGAAGGCAACGCUGGCGCGGCUUGACGCGCAGGUGGCUUCCAUGGGAAAGAAGUGCAUGAAGAUGGAGGGUGGGCAUCCACUAGUGAUCGAGGUUUUUGCUCGGGAUUCAUUUGGGGAUGUGCACUUGAAAACAGUCAAGACAUUGGCAGAACAGGCUGGUUUGGUGGUUUCUGCUGAGAGAAGUUCUCUCAAGAUCAGGGGCCCGCCUUCACAGCUGCACACUUGUGUAAAGGAAUGCUGCCCUGAUUCCUUGAAGAUGCCCAGCUGCAAGAAAU